AUGCCGCCACGAAAGGCGGAUACGCCUGCGCGUGUAACGAGAGCAUCUUCACGCACUCCUGUUCCUCUCCCUGCGGUCGACACCCGCCAAUCUCACGCAUACGGCUCGAGAGGCAAAGCCGCCCUCACAAAUCAAGUCACAACCUCACAAGCCGCCAUUGACGAUGCCUUCGCGAAAUCACGCGACGAAGGCGAAAUGCCACCACCGCCGCGACCAGAGCCGAAGAAAUCGGCCGUCCGACGAUCAACCCCGAGACCUGCAGCCGACCAACCCCAAGACGUCGCCGUCAAUGGCGUGGCCGCCCCCAGGCCAGCGGAGAACAACCGUCCAGACUCUGCCGACAGCCAUCGUCCAGCCACUGGCGUCGACUCGACUGGUUAUGGCAAUGGAUUGUCAACUCAACAGCCAGACCCGCAGCCAGCGGCACAGCCAGAAUUUCAGGCACCGCGGCGGUCACCUCCUCAAACUCGACAGUCUCCACCUCAACCUACCCCUCAACCUCAUCCUCGACGCCGACGGCAGCCACAGGCAGAAGAAGAGGCUCAAACUCCACCACCUCCGACUCCCGAGCCACAUUGGCUCGCAAUCUUCAUCGCCACCGCCUGCCAGUUCAUCGGAACGAAGUUGUUCUGGUUCCUUCUUGCUUUCUCCUGGAUCACGUGCAUAUCAUACUUGAUAUCAACAGCAGCCAUCUUCUCAGUCGUCCCGAUGCCAACCCACGAGUGGUCACUGGCAAGAGAUCACUGGGUGUAUCACACAGCAAUGUCACUCGGGAAAGAGACCAAUCUGGUGCCGGCGGACUAUGCGGGGCAGCAGAAAAUCCUAAACAGGAUCUUUUAUGGAAUUGUAGAUGAUUUCAAGAAAUUGCAGGUCAGCCACAAUGCGUUGAACGAGACGGUGGGCUUGCUCAAUGAGAGUGUCACGGAGAUACAGCGAGUUUUACCGAACUUCAUCGCAGUUGCCAGUGACGGCGACGACGGAAAGCCCACCAUUCCGCCGGCCUUUUGGCAGGCUCUCAUCGAGAAAAUGGACGACACGAAAGCAUCAGCGCCGCUCUGGGACCGAUUUCUCGCGACGAAUGAGGCCAAGAUGCACACGACCAUGAAGAAAAUCGUCGAUUCUGAGCUUGAAGGCGGUGCCGUCGCGAAGCACCAUCUCGUCACCAGCGAGCAGUUCCAGGCCAUACUUGCAAGCAAUAACCACGAAAUGGAACAGACAUUCAACGAGACGCUUCGCACUCUUCAGUCGGUCAUCCUACAAGAAACCAAAAUGGUGGCCCAGAAGGUCGCCAAGGACGUGUUCGAAUCCACCCAUCUUGCGAAGGGCCAAAUCAGGGCUCUGGCUUACUCAAACCUCGUUGUCAACAUGGAUACCCGCAUGCGGCAGAUCAACUACCUCUCCGACGACCACGGAGCCGCCGUGCAACAUAAGUACACUUCAGCCACUUGGCGCAAGCCAUCACUCGCGCAACAGCUGGGCCGGUGGAUGUGGUGGACUGUGGGAAUAGCGCGACCGCACAGGCCUGUGCACCCGACGUCGACCGCCCUAACCGAAUGGUAUAAGAGUACCGACUGCUGGUGUGCAGAUUCGCCCGAGAAUGCAACGGUCAAGCUGCAAAUGGGCGUGAGCUUGCCUUACAAGGUUUAUCCCAACGCCUUCAUCAUCGAGCACAUCCCGGCCACCGGAACUCGUGAUAUCGCUGCGGCGCCUAGGAACUUUGAGGUCUGGGUCAAGAUGGAUUCGGAAGAGCAGGCCAACAAGGUCAAGCAGAAUAUCCAAGACCUGGGAAGCCAGAUUUGGCCAGGUGAUUGCGGCGACCCGCCAAGCAGUAGCUCUGCCGACAACGGCAAUGCGUGGGUGUGCGCCUUGAUGGGCGAAUACGACAUUCACGGACACAACUACCUGCAGUCCUUCUAUUUCCCGUCCAACCCAUGGGAUAUCGGACUCGAGAUUCCGAAUGUCGUUCUCAAGGUCACCAGCAACUGGGGCGCAUAUCACACCUGCCUGUACCAGAUCCGCUUGACCGGAGACGAAGUCGACCACACGCGUCCGAUUGAGGACUAA